AUGACGUUGGGCCCAGCAAACCCGGCAAUCCACAGCGGGCUCAGGCGGGCGAGCUCCCCGUGCGGAGAUGCGGAGACCGCUAACAGCCCUACGGCCAAACCCCCACCAUCCACUCCAAGUCACUGUGCAGACCCCCGCAACGCGUCGCGACCAGUGGAUCUGGAAUGCGCUGAGGUCGCGUCAGUCCAUCCGACCUCCGGCCUCGACCUUGCACCGAGUACUGGGUUAUUCCGAGCUGCGACAUCGACGGCACCUACAACUCGGAGGCUUCUCGCUCCUCGUGACAGAAUCACUACUGGCACCGCCCUGCGCAGGUUGAUCCGCCGUGGACAGCAUCUCUUGUACCCGCGUACCCUGCCCACGGGCCUUCGACGAGGGCACCGCACUCUGCCCAAACCCACUCACACCACACAGCGCACCAGACAGGCCCGGCAGACGAGGAUGCUCCGCCGUCCACCCACGACUCUGACCCUCACGUCCGAGGACAUCGCCAUCUACGAGGACAAGCGCGCCCGCGAGGCCCAGCGCCGCGCCCACCCGCAGCGCUACGACCCCGAAGAGCUCGCCUCGUCCCUCGGGCCUCCGCCCCUCCACUACCACCACAACACCAACAACCACAGCCGCCAACACCAGCACGGCGGCGGCGGGCGCCGCACCACCAUCCUCGACCCGCCGCUCGCCCACCCGUCGGCCUCAGGCUGGGACCAACACCCGGCCUCGGCCGCCUCGCCCGACGACCUCCGGCGCUUCGCCGCGCAGGACCGCCGCGCCCACGCGCGCGGGCCGGGCACCGUGCACUGGACUCCGCAGCCCGACCCGCACGGCGACGAGGACGAGGACGAGGACGAGGACGGCAGCGAUCUAGGGCCGGCGCUGGACUCGCCGCCCGAGGCGCUCGACUCCCCUCCCCCGCCGUCCUCGCCUUCCUCGUCUUCCGCGUCCGAGCGGGCGGGUGACGACGAAGACGACGACGAGGACGAGGAGAUGGCCGACUACGACACAUCGAUCCCGGGCCAGCUGGCUGCGCUGCCGCGGUCCGCGCGGCCCGCCCAUGCCACGCUAGCGACACCUGUCGCCCACUCUGGCGGUGGUGGCGGCAGCUCGACGCAUGCACAGGGCCCGCCGCCGCCGCAGCAGCUCACGCCGAUCCCGACGGCGGCCGCGUCGCAGAUUCCCCAGGCGCCCGCCCGGCGGACGGCGCACCAGAGGACGACGAGCUCGCGGGGAGGCGGCGCGGCCCGUGGUGGCGGCCUGUCGUCGGCCGGCGAGUCCCACGGCCCGCCACCGGCGCCGCCGCGGUUGAUGCGGACUCGGGACGAGCGGAUCGGCGGUGGAGUGGGAGGCACGCGGAGGACGGGCCGCUGA